AUGUUUACAAAAAUUUUAAUUUUUCCAAUUUUCAUCUCUUUAGCAUGCUUUUCUAUGAAUGAUAACCUUUUAUAUGUAAUUACAGAGAAUGAAACAAUUAGAUUAAAUUUAUCAUAAGUGUUUAUUGGAAAUAAUAUCAUAUAUUCAACAUCAUAAACAAAUUUAAAAAUAAUCUAACCAUUUAAUGAAUAUGAUAAAUUAGAAUUACCUGAAUAAACUUAUCCAAUUAGUUUUAAACCAUUACUUAAUAUCAAUAAUAAAUGGAUGAAUUAGUUUGCAUAUUUGGGUGAAAAUUUCAUUUCUGUAAAUAUUACAUAUUCUAAUCCAUAAAUUAACUUAAAUACUCCUGAAUUUAGGACAAUUUUAUAUAUAGAAAAACUAGAUUUAACUUUGAAUUGUUUUGAUUUUGAUUAUUUUAAGGAUGAUAGUUUUAUUAUUGUAUGUUAAAAAGAGACUCAAAACUUAGUUUACAUUUAUCAUAAAAAUGGAGAAUUAAUAAAUUAGAUAGAACUUGAAAAUUUUCUUAAUGUAAAAUCUAUUUAAAUUACAAAUACAUUGGAAUAUUUUUACAAAUUAGAAACCAAUUAAUUUUAAUCUGUUCUUGCUAUUUAUAAGUGGAAUGAAAAUUAAACUAUUUUACAAUUAGAAUCAAUCAUAAAUAAUUAAACUAUUCAUUUUUUAUUUCCAUAAUAAGAAUUUAUUUCCUUAAAGAUAAAUAAAUACAAAAUAUUCAAUAAAAACAUAAUUUAUUUUCUUGAUUAAACUUUAGGUUUGUUUAAAUAUCAAAAUAAUUAAACUACUGUAAUUAAAACUGAUAAAAUUAUAUCAUUUGAUAUAGAUGAUGAAAAUGGUUUUUUAAUUUACCUUCAAACUUAAAAAAUUAUUGUAUAUCAACAUUAGCAUUACAUUAAAACAAUAUCUUUAGAUAGUAAUAUUGAUGAGAAAGCAAAAGUUCAUAUUUCAGGAUAAUAUGUAAUUUUGCAUAACACAGGAUACUUUUCAAGUUUUAGUAUUUAUUCUGGAUAUUUACUUUAAAAAAUCAAUAGUGAAGGUAUUAUAACAUAUUUAACCUCAUAACAUUAUUUGCUUACACUAUCAAAUGAGUAUUCACAUUUUUAUUUACUUAAUAAUGGAUAUCUAUUAUUAAACACUGAUGAUUUAGAAACAAAAAAUCCAUUAAAAUUUACAAUUUAAGGAAAAGAUGGUCAUGGUUCAUGUAAUGCUUCUAUUAUUUUGUAAAGUAUUUAAGAAAAUUAAGAAAUAUUGAUAUCAGAUUAUGAGAAUAAAUCAAUUAUAAUUGGAUCUCCUUUUCAUUAAUAAGAAUUGAAUUUGAGAAUUUCAGGGCCAGAUUAAAAUUAUUUGUGUAUAUCUAAUUGUUCAAUUUAACAAAUUAUAAAUUAUCCAUUUAAUUUAUAAUUUAAGGAUUAAAUAAUCUACCAAAAUAUUUUAAAAAUAGAUAAUACUUAUUAUUAUUUAUUAUAAUAAUUAAAAAAUAGUAAUCAAUUAAAUAUUAAUAAGUGUGAAAUAUAAUCUUAAUUUGCCUGCUCACUUUAAUCAAUAAUAUAAAUCAAAUUUGAUCUUAAUGAAGAUAAUUUUUAAUCUUAAUUAAUAGAUAAAAAUCUUUAUUUUGUGAUUUUGGAGAAUUCAUAAACUAUUUCUUUAUAGACUACUAAUUCUACUAUAAAAUAAAUUGUUCUUGAGAAAUCUGUUAAAUAAUUACUAUUUGAUCAUUCAUCAUUAUAUCUAAUAUUUGAUAAUUAAAUUCAUUUUUAUCAAAAUAUAAUAUAAAGUAAUGAUUAUAUUUUGAUUGAUGAAUCAUUUUUAAAUAAGUGUUCUUACAAUAUCAAAUUGAAACCUCAAAAAUUAUACAUAAAUUCAAAGAGAGAUACACUAAUUAUUAAUAAUCAAGAUAGUUUAUUGAUUACUAAUUUAUUUAAUAACUUCUUUAUUAAAUUUUAUCUAAAUCUUGAAAUAAGAGAAACUGACUUUAUAGCAAUAUCAGAUUAAACAUUUAUUUUAAUUAAAGAUAAUAUCUUAUUUGAAUAUAAUUAUUAUUAAGAAGUUUAUUUAAUUCAUAAAUUACCUACUUAUUCUUAAUAAUUAUUUUAGCCAAUAAAUGCCAAAUAAAUAAAUAAUUAUUUAUUAAUUUAAACUGAAUAGUAGGAAAUAUUCAUAUAUAAAUUUAAUACUGAAGCUCAUAAUUCUCUCAAAAUACAAAUACAGUUAAACAUCAAAAAUUUUAAUAUUUAAAAAUAAAAAAUUUUAAUUUCACCCUUCACAUAAGAUUAACAUUUAUUUGUUUUGUUAUAUUCAAGUGAAUUGAUACUAAAAAAGAUUCAUUUAAAUCCUAUCAUAUCAUAUUAAUUAGAAUAUUAAAAUAAUAACUAUAUAUAAGAAAUGACAGCCGUAAUAAAAGUUUAUAAUAGAAAACAAAGUUUAGAAAUACAUCAAUCUAUAAAAUAAAUUAAUACAUUUACAUCAAUAUAAUUACUAGAAAAGGAAUUGAAAGAUAAAAAUAAAUUACAUCUUUCGAAAUAUCAAUAAAAAAUACCAAUGGUACAUAAAUGGUAUGAAGGUUAAGUAAUAGAUUUCAUAGCUGAAAGUGAAAUAAAGGAUGUAGUAACAAUCGAAAAUCUUAUAGAAAAGACAGAUGAUUUAUUAUUAAAUAGACUUUAAUUUAAUAAUUUAAUAUCACUUAACAAUGUAACAAAAAUAUUAUAAGGAGCCUAAUCAAUUUUAUUACUAAAUUCAUAAUUCUAAUUAACUUCACUUAUCAAUUUAGAUGUUUAACCUUAAUAUACUUGCAUCUCAACUAUAUAAGAUAAAGUUUUCUAUUACACAUUGUGCAAUAGUUUGACAGAUUCAUACCUACACAUUACUAAAGUUGAUGAUGGUUUUCCUUUAGGAUUUCUUUAUUAAUUUGAAGGUUUUACUAAAAAAAUUGGAAGUAUAAAUAAAAAAAUUGCAUUUUUAAGUGGAGAUACAUUAAAAAUAGGAGAUAUUUUAUUUGAAAAUGGUUAAUUUUCUAUUAAGAAUAUCAUUUAAAUAAAUGAUAAUUAUUUAAAGUUAAAAACUCUAUUUCAUGCAGUUGAUUUUGACAUUAUAUAAAGUGAAGGAGAUGAAUAUAUCAUAUAAGUUCUAGAUAUAAGUGGGAUUGUUGCAGUUUUAAGGGGAAUCUAUAAAGAAAAUAGUUAUGUAGUAUUUAAUAUUAAGACAUUUGAUACAAAAGAACUCAUCAAAAAAAACAAUUAUUCAAUUCUAAGUGAUACUUCAUUCAUCUUUAUUAAAAAUUUGUAUUACUCCAAAAGUUUUAUUCAAAACUUAAGUUUUCUUAUUUUAACUAACAAUGCUGGUUCUUAUGCAAUUAGAAUAAUAUAUGAUGAUGAUGGUAAUCCCUUUUUAGAUUUCAUGAUUGUUUAAUAUGGAUUUUGGGAAACAUAGCGAUUUGAUAUAGGAAAUAACCUAAUAUCUAUUUCUUAUAAGAAUGAAAAUAAAGUCUUAAUAGGAGUAUAUAAAAUUAAUUUUAAUCAAUAAUAUAUUGAAUUUGAAUAAUUUAAAAUUGAAUCAGGGUUAUAAAUUGAUUAAACAUAAUAAGAUCCUAUAUUCUUUUUCUUAAAGAAUAAAUAUCUAAUUGUUGAUACAUAAAAUUAGAUUUUUUAAUAAUACAAGAUAAAUGACUAUAUAUACUUUAUAGUUAAAGGAGCUUAAGAUAGGCAACAUAUAAAUAUAACUGCCAAAAAUGACUUUAAUUCAAAUUAAUUGAAUUAUAUUAUAAAUUAUCAUAUUGAAGAAGAAUUGUAAUUUAUAUUUUAUCAAAUAUUAGAUCAAAUACAUGGUGGAUAGUUUUGGUUAGUGUUUGUGGAGGGGCAAUAUUGAUUGCUGUUUUCUUUUAUCUAUAUAAAAGAAUGCAUCCUGUAAAAAGUGUAAGUUCUAUUCUAUUGGAAUGA